UUGAAAUUUACAAAAUGUCUUCAAAUUUCAAGAGUGGUGCAGACAGUGUGAGAAAGAAGCUUGCAACACAAAGAGUUAGUGAGCCUGAUGUCACUUUGACUAGCAGUGUUACUGACAGCAUGGAUGAUAGACCAGAAAGUCCACCCCUGCCAGCCAUUAAUGAACGAUUGGGCUAUCUGCGUCCCUCUAGAGAGCUGCUAGAAUACUACAGAAAAAAGAUAGCAGAAUUUGAUAAUGAACACGAUGUCAUGGUGAAGAAACUUGAUGACUAUAGAAUGACAUAUGAAGAACAGCACAAGAUCCAAUGGGAGCUGAGACAGCGUGAGGAGGAGAUCAGUGAGCUGCAGAAGGCUUUGAGUGACAUGCAAGUCUACCUCUUCCAAGAAAGGGAGCAUGUGCUACGACUUUAUGCUGAAAAUGACAGGUUAAAGAUUCAGGAGAUUGAAGACAGGAAGAAGAUCCAGACUCUGCUAGCUUUGAGUGGUGUGGCUGAGAAUGAAGUGUCUUAUUUCCUCAAGGAACCACCUGCCAAAGCUAUCGUGGAGCAGAGAACCCAGCAGCAUACACGUGGUGGAAAAACAUUGAACAAAGGUGGUACAAGAAGGAAACCGUCUAAAGGAGCAGUUAUGACAGAAGAGGAAGAAAAAUAUCAAAAGGACAAUCAGAUUCUUUCAUUACAGGUUGAGGCGAUUUCAUCACAGUUAGAGGAGCAGACGCGUUUGGCUAAAGAACAGGUGGAGGCAAUGAUGGAAGACAGACGUGUCAAGAUAGAGGAAUAUGACGCUCGUAGAGACAGAGAUACUGAUAAAAUAAAAACUCUUUCAGAAAAACUGCACAAAACUCAGGACCUUCUUUACCUGAGCACCAAGGACUGUUUAGAGUCGCGUUAUGAAGGCAGGACACAUGAGAAGGAAUGGAUGGCUGAGAAGGACCUUCUCCUACGUGAGCUAGAUGCCUGUAAGCAACAACUUGACAUGAGCAAGGAUGAAAUACUCAAUGUGUCGGAGCCUGUCUAUGCAAGUAAAGCUAAAUAUGCAGAGGAAAUACAGUCACUGAGAUAUCAAGUGGAGCAAGCGAACAAGUUGGUAGAUAACUAUCGAGAACAGGUGAUCCAAUUAGAAGAUGAACUGAGUAGGAUCAGGGAAGAGCAAGAUGUAAAGGGAGAUGUUUACAAGGAGAGAUCGGAAAAGAUAGCUAAAAGGUUAAAGCUGAUGAAUACACGCUAUGAUGAGCUGGAAAAGAGGCGUAAUUUAGAAGUUGCGGGUUUCAAGACUGACAUAAAGAAUCUUAGGACUAAAUUAAAAGAUAUUGAGAGACAGCUUUAUAAGGUAACCGUUGGUUAUGGUGACCAGGAAGAAUUGCUGGACAUGAAGAGACCUGGCGACAUUGAUAUGCAAAUUUUACGUAAUGUUCGACGUACUGCUGGAAGAUCAAAACACCUCAUGGGAGAGCUAAAACAUUUGAAAUCUAAAGUGUAUGGUGUAGAGAAUGACCUUAGACAUUUGUGAUAAAGUACAAGUUUGCAGGAUGUGGGGACUGAGAUAGAUCUCAUGGGAACAAACUUUUUCAAACGUGAAGUCUCUCAUAUAUUGAAAUGGUAUCAGGAGGUCAUGUGACAAACUAUCAUCAUUAUCCCAAUGAACAAUAUUCCAGGGGAUGUAGACAUGAUAGAGAACAUAGGUGCAUCUGUAAGUGCAUAUAGGCAAUAAUUUAUGUACUGCUGGAACAAUAUUGUUGGUAUUUUAUACAGAUAUGCCCUGUGUGAGUACAAGUUUUGCUCAAAAGUCAACUGAUAUGGCUACCUUUACAAUUUUUUAUAACAACUUGUAUGUGAUAUUAAUAUGUUUUUAAUGCAACAAAAUACUUAUGAUGUUGAUUCCGUCAAAAUUCAUAUUUUUCAAAAAUAUGGUGGCCAUCUUGAAA